GAUUUUUGGGUUUUAUAAGGUAUAUCAUUAGAUUAUACAGAUAUGGUGUUUAUAGGAGCGAAUAAAAUAUCUACUAUCAAAGUGGCUAUACUUGCUGGAGUUAAAAGAUUCUUUGCUGUUCCUGUUGUUGUGCAGAUUCUUGGAAAUAUAUGGAGAGCAAAUAUUGUUUUUUAUUCUGGUUUUGACAAGAAUGAUUUUAUACCAGUAUUAUCGAAGAGUUUUAAGAAUCUAUGAUAGUAGAGAAUGUAGUAUUUUGAAGCUAAGUAGACUGUGUGUACCAAAAUAUCGGCAUUAUAUGGCUACUGUAAGCUUUGCUAUAAUGCUAGCUUUAGUUAUUGUAACCUUAAUACAAAAUAUGCCUGAAAUAAUUACUUUGAAAUUGGUUAUGGAUUUUUGGGUUAUAGGAUUUAUAUUGGAUAAGAUUAUGUUAUAACCAAUUCGAGUACCAGACUUUAUUAAAUUUAUGGAAUAUAUUUGAC